AUGGUUGACCAUGCAGAACUCAUCGCCAACUUUGCCGUCAUCUCUGGAGCCACCCCCGAGCAGGCCCAGUUCUACCCCGAGGCCAACAACUGGGACAUCCACUUAACGCGGCCAGGAGCAGCUUUUACGAGGAACCACAGGCAGAAGCAGCAUCAGGAGGACUAUGCCGACGAGGGCGACGAUGAGGACUUGGACGACGUUCUGGCGCAGCCUGCGCCCAAGUCUGUUUCAAAAAAAUAA